AUGGCUUACUUUGUGUCCAACAGUUCAGACUCACUGUUCGGUCCCGCGUAUGAGGGUCCAUUCAGGAGCUUUGACUUCACAGUUCUCUUCGAAGACACCAUUCUCACUAUCCUUCCUGCUACCCUCUUCCUCAUUUCCGCCACGGCAAGGGCAGCAUGGCUGACGACCAAACCGAACAAGGUCACCACCUCCUUCAGCCGCUUGACCAAGCUUGUCCUUCUGUCUGCUUUUGUCACAGUGCAACUGGCGGUGCUUCUUGCCCGGGCAACAAAUUCGGAAACAGCAACAAAGGCUUCUGUCGCUGCAGCCGCCCUGGACUUCGCGGCUUGCUGCGUGCUUUUCGUUCUGUCCUGCUUCGAGCACUCACGCUCCGUGACACCUUCUACCAUCAUUGGGCUCUAUCUGAUCGUUUCGUUUCUCUUCGGUGCCGUUCAGAUGCGAACAUUCUAUCUGCUUCCUGGAUAUGCUGCCAAAAACAUUGCCAAUCUAUUGUCCCUGUCGCUGGCUAUAAAGUUCGGAGUGCUGGUUACGGAGGCCGUCGAGAAGCGCGGCAUCCUCCUGGAUCCAUACCGUGAUCUUCCACCGGAAGCCACUAGUGGUGUUUACAACAGAUCAGUCUUCUGGUGGUUGAACCCUUUGUUGCGGCUGGGGUUUGGCAAGACAUUGAAACUCGACGAUCUUUACGACUUGGAUGACAAGCUAGUAUCUGCCAAUGUCGCCGCACGCUUUGGACAGGCAUGGGCAGAGACAAAGGAACACCACCGGUUCACCCUCGCCUUCGUGUCGGCCUACGUUCUGAGAUGGCAACUUCUGGUCUCGGCUUGUCCUCGAAUUCUCCUCAUAGGUGUCAAAUUUGCGCAGCCAUUUCUGAUCCAGGAAACCAUCAACUAUGUCGGAAACCGCCAAACCCAGACAGCGGCCGUCGGGUGGGGGCUCACAGGGGCAUACUUCCUGGUCUAUCUCGGCCAAGCUAUUCUUACAGCCGCAUAUAGUCAUCUUCUUAACCGCUGUGUCACGCAAUUACGAGGAGGACUGGUUUCUCUACUCUUCCAAAAGACACUUGAGCUCAGCAUCGUCACAGUCGACCCAUCGGCGUCCUUGACCUUGAUGUCAUCCGAUAUACAGAGGAUCGUUGACCCAAUCGUACUACUGCAUAAUACCUGGGGCAGUAUUAUCGAAGUAUGCAUCGCCAUGUAUUUGUUGUAUCUUAACCUGGGUAGCGCAUGCUACGCUCCUGCGAUCGUGUAUGCGCUCUCGAUACUGGGAGAUGCCUGCGUGGUCAAAGUCAUCGGUCAAUAUCAAAAGCGAUGGCUGAGCGCAGUCCAGACUCGCAUCUCAUUCACCUCGGCCUUGCUGCAUUCUAUGAGGAAUGUCAAACUCCUCGGCAUGUCCUCAAUUGUCAAGGAUCGAACUCAGGGACUUCGGGAGUUUGAGAUCAACCAAUGCAAAAGGUAUCGCAUCGUCAGCAACGUCAUCAUAUUCGUCCAAAAUUCACACAUGUUUUUCGCACCCUUUGCAACUUUUCUUCUCUACUACAUCAGGUCUAGGAACACUGGAGAAGCCCUCGACAUAGCCACCGCCUUCGGCAUUUUAACUAUAUUUAGAUUGCUCGACACCCCUUUGAACAAUCUGCUGUACAGCUGUCCUCAAUUGGCAAGUUCCCUCUCAUGCUUUGAACGGAUUCAGAAAUAUCUUCUUUCCAACUCCCGUCACGACAAUCGCCUCUCUUUAUUCAAUCCUGACGAUUCGGACGGUUCCUGGGCCAGGUCUGCUGUGGGUACAGAUUCUGUCGAGAUGAGACAACUGGGAAGCGCCAAUAGCAGCGUAACGGAGGAGGCUUUGGUUCUGAAGAACUGCUCCUUUGGCUGGAGCGAACAGAGCGCACCGGUCGUGCAGGAUGUCGAUCUGUCCGUGCGCGCAGGCUGGAUCACCAUGAUCAUUGGUCCCGUAGGCUGCGGGAAAUCCACUUUGCUCAAGGGCAUCUUGAGCGAAACCCCAGUGUCUCGUGGAUUUGUUUAUAUUCAGAAUCAGUCCGUCGCCUUUGCUGAUCAGGAGCCUUGGAUUCAGAAUGGCACGAUAAAGGACACUAUCUGCGGUCCGGACUCAAGAGAUAUCCCAUAUGAAGGUGACAGCUGGUAUCAAGAAGUCAUCGAGUGUUGUGGACUGAGCGAAGAUAUGUCCGUGUUUCCGAGGGGCGACAAAACUCUGAUCGGUUCCAAAGGGAUUUCUCUGAGCGGCGGGCAAAAACAACGACUUGCUCUCGCCAGAGCUGUCUAUUCCAAGGCUCCAAUCCUGGUGCUUGAUGAUGUCUUCUCAGGCCUUGACAAUGAUACGGAGGAGCUGAUAUUCAAGAAACUUUUCAGUCGCUCCGGACCGCUGAGGCGCCAGGGCACGACGGUCAUCCUGGUCACCCACGCUGUUCACCGGCUCCCGUACGCAGAUUGCAUCGUGAGCCUAGACGCGAAUGGUCGAGUUUGCGAGCAAGGCAGCUAUCUCAAUCUGGUAAAUCAGGGAGGCUAUGUCCACAGCCUUGACGUCCAAUUCAAAAAGGAGCACGAAUAUCCCGCAGAAGAAGAAGUGAAGACCUCGGUUGAAGUCAAAACAACAUUCAAGGUAUCCACCGGUUCCCAAACAGCGGAAGAGGAGAAUGAGAAUGCCCAAGAUCUCGUGCGAAGGAACGGGGAGUGGUCCACAUACAAACACUGGUUCCGCUCAUGCGGAUACCUCUCAAGUGUGCUCUCCCUUGUCUGGUCAUUUCUCUUUGUUAUUGCUACCCAGGCACCUGGUGUGCUAGUCAAGGCCUUCCCGGGCGACACUCCCUCGCAAGCGACCACAUUCAUCAUCAUCUUUGGGAUUGCAUGCAUCACUGCCGCUGUGUCACUUGUGCUGCUGGUAGUACAAAUCCUUCUUCACAUGCAACCCAGAAGCUCUAGCACCCUUCAUCUGAGCCUUCUGGAAGCCGUCCUCAACGCACCAUUAUCAUUCUUCACCCGCACCGAUCUUGGAGCCGCAACGAGCAGAUUUGGGCAGGACAUGGCACUUGUCGACUCCGACUUGCCAUUUUCAUACGCGGAUUUCGUGCUGUCUUUGAUGAACUGCAUUGUCGGACUUGGAUUCAUCACCGCCUCCGGCACGGGAUAUUUUGCCGCCACCAUCCCUGUUGUCCUCGCCGCCCUCUAUGGGAUCCAGAAAUACUAUCUGCGAACCAGUCGCCAAAUGCGUCUGUUAGACUUGGAGGAGAAGGCUCCACUUUACACGUUGUUCGGCGAGACCGUUGCUGGACUGGCAAGUAUUCGUGCCUUUGGAUGGGCAGACAAAUUCGCGGACCGGAAUCUAGAACUCUUGGACCGAAGUCAGCGGCCAUUCUACCUGAUGUACUGUAUUCAACGAUGGCUCGCGCUUGUCCUAGAUCUCUUGGUUGCGGUUCUUGUGACUAUAUUGAUGGUGAUUAUCGUGGCGAAGCGGCAGUCUAUCGAGCCGGGACUUGUUGGGUUGGGGUUACUGAGCACCGUCAACCUGAGCGGCAACUUAACAAACCUGGUACGGUGUUGGACUAUGUUGGAGACCAGCAUUGGAGCCAUCAGCCGUCUGAGGAGUUUCGUGAGGGACACCAAAUCAGAGCACCAGGCGUGGGAAGUCGAAGCGGUGCCGAAACAAUGGCCAGAAAACGGAGAGGUGAGCUUCACGGGGUUUGGAGCGAGUUACUCGGCAGACUCUAUGCUGGUCCUCAGGGACAUCAACUUGGAGGUGCGAUAUGGCGAGAAGUUAGGUAUCUGUGGUAGGUCGGGAAGUGGCAAGAGUUCAAUGUUGGCCAGUCUGUUCCAUCUCCUCGAGUUUCGCAGUGGACGGAUUCAGAUCGAUGGGGUCGACCUCUCUCGGAUUCCACGCGAGACACUCCGUGCAAGGCUCAAUGUGAUCCCGCAGGAACCCUGGUGGGUGACCACCGAGUCAGUGCGUUUCAACAUGGAUCCCUGGACGGCCACGAAUGCCGACUCAGACUCGGACGAUCCCUUGGCACGCAGCGAACGCGACGCCAUGUUCAUAUCCACCCUGACCAAGUGCCAAAUCUGGCCCGUCAUCCAAGAUAAAGGCGGGCUCGACGCCAUUAUGACGCCCGACUUCCUGAGCCACGGCCAACGGCAGCUUUUCUGCUUGGCCAGGGCGAUGGUGCGCCAGAGCAAAGUCGUGGUGCUGGACGAAGUCAGUGCGAGCGUCGACGUCAAGACCGACCAGCUCAUGCAGCGGAUCAUCCGCGAGAGAUUCCACGACUGCACCGUCAUUGCGGUGGCGCAUCGGCUGAACACGAUUGACGAUUCCGAUCGGGUCGCGGUCUUGAGUCAGGGCAGGAUGGUGGAGGUGGGUGAGCCGCAAGCUUUGUUGAGAGCGGAAGAGAGUUGGUUCAGGGAUCUAUAUGAAUCAGGAGGACGAGGUUGA